AAAAAAUCGCCAACCACCUCUUUCUAGAGAGAGAGAGAGAGUGGGGGAGGGGGAGCGCGAGGAGAGAGAAAAGUUUUCCCAAAAUGGGCAACAAGAGGCAGCCAGUGGAGACGAAGAAGGCGAAGAAGAAAGGGCGCCCCUCACUCUUGGAUCUCCAGAAGCGCAGUCUCCGCCUCCAAAAGCAGCAGGAGGAGCAGAAUCGAAACCCUAACCCUAACCCUAGCAAUCCGAGCCGCAACUCGAGCCCUAGCCUCAAAUUUGCUACGAGGAGGAGCACGAGGCGAAAUCCUAACCCUAGCCCUGGCUUGGAGGAGGAGGAUGACGAGGAGGAGGAGGAGGAGGAGGAAUCCAAUGGGAAGCGCAAGGAGAAGAAGCUCAAGCUCGUCCUGCGGAUCCCUAACGGAUCGGAUUUGGACGGAUCGGGCCCCGGAUCGGACGCUGACGGCGGGGGAUCGCGGAAAAAGAGAAAGAUCGGCGCCGUUGAGCAGACAGCAGCACAAAAUUCCAACUCGAAAGCGACGGAUGAAGAAGCUCCUGCAGGGAAUCAAUCAGAUUCAGGGCCCACUACGCCUCUGCCUGAUAAAAAGUUGUUGGUGUUCAUCCUUGACAGGCUUCAGAAGAAGGACACUUAUGCCGUGUUCUCUGAACCUGUGGAUCCCGAAGAGUUGCCGGAUUACCAUGACAUCAUCAAGCAUCCGAUGGAUUUUGGAACAGUUCGGAAGAAACUAGAUAGUGGUGCUUAUGAGAACUUGGAGCAAUUUGAGAGCGAUAUCUUCCUAAUAAGCUCAAAUGCUAUGCGAUACAAUUCGCCUGAUACGAUUUAUUUUCGGCAGGCAAGGGCCAUUCAAGAACUUGCAAAAAAGGACUUUGAGAAUUUAAGGCAGGAGAGUGAUGAUGACGAGCAGGAACCAAAGACUGUACGAAGGGGUAGGCCGUCAGUCAAGAACCUUAUGAAGCGAAUUGGCAGACCUCCAGCUGAUCGUACUGGGUCUGAUUUUUCCUCUGAUGCCACGCUUGCUAAUGCUAGAGAUGGUGUUCAUGGCUCUAACUUGACCCGUGAUGUAGCAAGGAAAGGAUCAUCCACUGACAAGCCAAGCGUCAUGGAUGCGAGUAGAGGGAAUAACCAGCAUAAAUUAGAGAGAAAUGAAGAAUAUUCAGGUUCGCCAUUGAAAGGUAUUCCAAUGAGACAUUGGAAGAAAAUUUCAGUUAUAGAUGAGAACCGCCGAAAUACAUACAACGAGCCCCUACAGCCUACCGGCUUUCAGGAGCCUCCAAUUUUAACUGCUUUUGAUGGAGACAGGAAGCUGCUUAUGCCAGUUGGGCUUUACAUGGAACAUGCAUAUGCCCGAAGCUUGGCACGGUUUGCUGCAAACCUUGGCCCUACCGUCUGGGGAAUUGCUGCAAAAAGAAUCGAAAGAAUACUGCCCCCAGGGACAAAGUUUGGUCCUGGGUGGAUUGGGGAGAGUGAAGAACCAAAUAAAUUUCACCCACCGCUACUGUCAUCAUCUCCAUGUUCCUCGUCUCAAGUAAAAACAUCGCAUGUUACUACAGUAUCAGGUGGAGAGCAACACCCAGAAAGUCGCGAACUGGUCCCAAAUAACAGUACUGAGAGUAGUGAUCUGGUAAAAAAUGAAAGCAAAUUUGGAGUAUCGAGUGGCGAUAUGCAGCCUAACAACACCUUGCAGGUUUGUCAGAACUCAACAAUGCAACAUUUGAGGAAUGGUUUUAACCCUAACUCUGGCUAUGUGUUCAACCUCCAAUCUCAAGCAAUGAAGAUGAUGCAGCAUAUGAAAUCUCCAAAUCAUGUGCUCGAUAUGGCGUCUAGGAGCAGAGUCAACAACAGUUUUGUGAAGUCUCACCCUCCCCAUACACAACCCGUUAAAGAAGAGAAAUCAAGGUUAGUGGUGGAAAAUUCAGAUGCAGUGAACUCAGGUAGCUCUAAUUCUGAAGGGCAGUGUCAGGUUUCACCAUUGAAUACAAAGCCUGGCUUGAUUCCACCGGAUUUGAAUGCGGACUUCCGUUCUCCUGGGUCACCGGUCUCAGGCGUGCUUGCAGAUUCAAAGCAGAAGCAGCCGCAUUUGGCACUGCAGCUGUAGAGAUUAUUAUUCUCUUUUGAUUUUUUCCGUGGAAAUUCAUCCUCGUGUGGGUGUUGCACCCAAUUUAACUGUUGGGGUGUCAUAUUGAUUAAAAAUCAGCUUUAUUUAUGUAAGGUAGGAGGGAGGGAUAAGAGAGUGGUUGGGUUUUGUACAGGAUCCUAAUCCUAAUGUGAUCUAGCGGGGAGUUUGCAGUUUGCAGCUGAAUAAGCUGGCAGCUCAUUUGUAGCAUUAAAAAGAAAUCCAUAAUAUAUAGCUGUAUCAGUAGAAGAUUCAAAGCCUCCAAUUCCUUUUCAGAAGUUAUUGUGCUUGUACUAUUGUGACCGUUUAACAUGUACGCGACCGAGAAUUAAUUGACGCUGUCAGCGGAACAUUUCUCACCAACUUUGAUACGUAUGUAUAGAAGAGAGGAUGGAUAUUUCAUGUGCUGAA